AUGGACUCUCAUAAGUUCAUGACCUUAGUGACGGGCUCGUUUAUCCGAGAAAAACGAUUGAAAAUUCAAAUCAGCCCGGAUAAAGAUGGAAGCAUCUUGACCAUGAAAUCAUCUAUUUUCGGUGUUGUUUCUGACCCAGCACGGGCGAUUUGUGAAGUUCAAGAACUCAUUCCCUCUUUACGAAGUGUUGCUUCAACGACCAUCGCGGAUUUGGUCGGAAGUCUUUUGGAGAACGAAGUGGUCGAUAAAGUUUCAGAACUCGAAGAUGAAGCAUUAGAGAUGAUGGAAGUGCUCGUAGAACUGUGA